UUAUCCUCAUUUCCCUCGCAAGUUUAUCAGCAGUUCAAGCUAUUGAUGAAUGCGGAGUUCCUAAACACUAUUUCAGCAUCGAUGAAUUCGGUUUUACUGACUGUGGCUCUUCUUGUGUAGCAACUGUAAUAUUUUCCGGUUAUCGAAAAUUAAAUGCUGAAUAUGUGACUAUCGACAUGAUUGCUAAUUAUACCGAGCCAAAUGAUACCAUGACUCUUUCAUUUUUUUACAAAAAUAAAUCCUACGACUUGCAUUGCAAUAAGUUGACCAGCAAAAGGUAUGCAGUGUACUACAAGGAUGGUCUAAAGUGUAAUUAUAAAUUGCAAUUGUCUGGAAAUGAAAAACGGCCAAUUUCAAAUUUUACACUAUUGAGUGAAUUGUUGGUCGAUGAAAAGAUAAAUAAUGACAUUUAUUUUGGUUUCAAUGGCAACAGAGCUCAAGUUGCUUCCAGUUUAACUAGUCUUAUACCUUACCACGAGUCUUUCCCUGACUGUUCUGAAUAUGAUGUGCUUACAUUUUAUGAUCCUCAAGGGUUGAAUAAGAUAACUUUGAGUAAGCAAAAAGAUUCAAUUACAGGUUUCAUCUAUUCUCUGAAGAAAGAUGACAAACCCGAAAAUCGAUCAAUUACAUUCUCACAUGUGGAUGAUAUUAAGUUGGCUGUUGAAUGUAAAAGAAGCUUUCAAGGUCAAAGUUGUCACCUAGAUCAAUAUGGUGAGAUUGAUCACACUGCAGACGUUGAAUGGCCAAAGUUUACAAUUGUUGCUGAUAAAUGCGCCUUCAGUGUUCCUUUGAAAGUUCUUAGCCGCGGUUAUGGAAAUUACUUUGAUUUCAACAAAAAGCCACUAAACAUGGCUUUCAACACGACCCAACCAAAUGCCAGCUUUUACCAACCCAAUAUCGAAUUUAAAUUCAACUAGUGAAAACCAAAUCAAAUCGCAAGCCGUCUUAAUGGUAUCCACAAAACGGGAAUAAAUCCAAUUGUAAAGUAAUGAUACAUAAUAUGUAUUAGAUUGUCUUUUUUGCUUUUAACUAUUAAACAGCAUAGAAAAUAAAGUUUUGCCUAAUCUUUACGAAUAA